AGAGAGGAAAAAAAAAAAAAGCGGCUGAAAGGUAAGCAGAGGCGGCCCCCAGGCCCGGCCCACAUCCCCGGGCUCCCGUAGGGCGGCGGGCUGGGCCGCGCAGGCAGGGCGGGCGGCGAGCGCGCUUACGUGAGGCCGGGGAUUCGCCGGCCCGCGCCAGGCCCCGGGCGGAGAAUGAAAGGACAAUCUGCCUCAUCUUGAUUCUUCAGCAUUCCAAACUGGUAUCCUUGGGUUCUCUUAACAUUGCUAUGGUGCAGAAGAUUUAAAAUCAGCUGAUGUUCACAAGGAAUAGAGUCACGUGAUGUAUGAAGGGAAACAUAUACACUUCUCUGAGGUUGACAAUAAGCCCUUGUGCUCAUAUAGCCCCAAACUCUGCAAGCAGCGGCGACUCAACGGCUACGCUUUCUGUAUCAGACACGUUCUGGAGGACAAGACUGCCCCCUUCAAGCAAUGUGAAUAUGUGGCCAAGUAUAACAGCCAACGCUGCACCAACCCCAUCCCCAAAUCAGAGGAUCGUAGGUACUGCAGCAGUCACUUGCAGGUACUCGGCUUUAUCCCGAAAAAAGAGAGGAAGAAAAAGAAUGAUCCGAUAGAGGAGGUGAAGGUCAGGCACCAGAUGGAUACCAUGGCCUUUAGCCUGACGGUGCCCACGUUGGCCUUGAAGAUGCCCAACGGACUGGACGGAAUGUCCCUCUCUCCACCGGGGGCCAGGGUCCCCCUCCACUACCUGGACACCGAGUUGGAGGACCCCUUUGCUUUCAACGAGGAAGACGACGACCUGAAGAAAGGGGCAACCGUGAAGAAGAAGCUGCAGAGCAAGCUGGCCCAGAAUCGGCAGCGCCAGCGAGAGACCGAGAUUUUGAAAGUCCGGCAAGAGCACUUUAGUCCCCCUCCUGCACCUUCGCAGCCUCCGCCGCAGCACGCCCACCUGUCACCGUUGUCCACGUCUCUCAAACCUCCAGCGCCGCCGCAGGGUUUAGUCUGCAAGUCACCUCAACCUCAGAACACCAGCCUACCAAUGCAGGGAGUGGCCCCCACCACACACACUAUAGCACAAGCAAGGCAGUGGCCUCACAAGAGGCCACUGCCCCUCCUGCCAUCCAGCCGGGCUCCUGUCGGGGACCCGCCCCGGACUGACCGGAUCCUGAUGAAAGCCACCGCCUUCUCGCCCCACUUCUCUUGUAUAAGUCGACUGCAGAGACUGGUGAAACUGUGCACCCAAAAGCAUCAGCUGGACACUGACCUGUUUCCCCACUUGGGGCUGGACUGGUCUGAAGAGAGUGGGGAGGAACUGGAGGACUCGGAGCAGACCUCACCCUACCAGGUUGCGUGGUCCGUCCGAGAAACGCUCAGAUAUGAAAGAAACAUGUCAGAUGAUGACGAUACAGAGAGUAGGAGCUCCAGGGUGACCCAACUUUGCACUUACUUUCAGCAGAAAUAUAAGCACCUCUGCCGCCUGGAGCGGGCAGAAUCUCGUCAAAAGAAAUGCCGGCACACAUUUCGGAAAGCGUUGCUGCAGGCGGCCAGUAGGGAGCCUGAGUGUGCCGGGCAGCUGAUACAAGAACUGCAGAGGGCUGCAUGCAGUCAAACCAGCAUAAGCCGGACCAAGUUGAGGGAGGUGGAACCAGCAGCGUGCAGUGGAACAGGGAAGGGCGAACAGUGCACUAACAAGGCCCUGCCGUUCACCAGACAUUGUUUCCAACAUAUCCUCUUGAACCGCUCUCAGCAGCUCUUCUCCAGUUGCACGGCCAGGUUUGCAGAUGGACAGCAAUGCUCUGUGCCGGUGUUUGACAUUACACACCAGACCCCUCUGUGUGAAGAACAUGCCAAAAAAAUGGAUAAUUUCUUGAGAGGAGAUAGCUCCCGUAAAGUUCAGCACCAGCAGCAGAGGAAACCCAGGAAAAAAACCAAGCCUCCUGCACUUACCAAAAAACACAAGAAGAAGAGAAGGCGUGGACCUCGUCGACCCCAAAAACCCAUCCCCCCUGCUGUCCCCCAGGGGAACCUCAGCAUGCCCACCAGCGUCUCACUGCCAGUGGAGGCCUCGCAGAUCCGGAGCCCGUCCACGCCAGAGCUGAGUGCUGAUGAGUUGCCGGAUGACAUUGCCAACGAGAUCACUGACAUUCCACAUGACUUGGAACUGAACCAGGAGGACUUCUCGGAUGUCCUGCCACGGCUCCCUGAUGACCUACAAGUGUUUGAUUUUUUUGAAGGAAAGAACGGAGACCUCAUCCCGACCACCGAAGAGGCCGAGGAACUCGAACGGGCCCUGCAGGCCGUCAGCUCCCUCGAGUGCCUGAGCACCAUUGGGGUGCUGACCCAGUCCGAUGGCGUGCCGGUCCAGGAGCUGUCCGAGAGAGGGAUCGGGGUGUUCUCCGGCGGCACCGGAGCGGCCGGGAUGCCGUCGCUGAGCCGGGAGGUGAACCCGGACCUCGGGGAGCUGUUGAACGGGCGCAUCGUCCCCGACAAUUUCUCGAGUCUCGAGCUGGAUGAGAACCUGCUCCGUUCUGCGACCUUGUCCAACCCACCUCCACCCCUGGCAGGGCAGAUCCAGGGGCAGUUCUCUGCCCCCGCCAACGUCGGCCUUACUUCUGCCACUCUGAUCAGCCAGAGUGCGCUCGGGGAGCGAGCCUUCCCGGGACAGUUCCACGGACUCCACGACGGCAGCCAUGCCUCCCAGAGGCCACACCCUGCCCAGCUGCUGAGCAAGGCAGACGACCUAAUCACCUCACGACAGCAAUACAGCAGUGAUCACUCCCACUCCUCGCCCCACGGAAGCCAUUACGACAGCGAGCCCGUGCCGUCCCCCUACAGCGACCACAUCACCUCCCCCCACGCGGCCUCCUACUCGGGGGACACCAUGGCAGCUACCUUCUCCGCCGAGAUGCCCCUCAUGGCGCCGCACCUGCUCCCCGCCCCGCUCGAGGUGCCCCUGGGCGGCGUGGUCAACCCCAGGACUCACUGGGGCAGCCUGCCCGUCGGCCUGGGGGACCCGUCGCCCUUCAGCAACCUCCUGGGCGCCGCCGACGGACACCUCCUCUCCACCGCCCUCUCCACGCCCCCCACCACCUCGAACUCCGAGACCACACAGCCUGCCUUCGCCACCGCCACCCCCAGCAGCGCCAGCGUGCUCCCGGGGCUGCCGCAGACCAGCUUCAGCGGCCUGGGGCCGUCCGCCGAACUCGUGGCCUCCACCUCGCCCAAGCAGCAGCUCCCGCAGUUCAGCGCGGCCUUCGGCCACCAGCUGAGCGCGCACAGUGGCAUCCCCAAGGACCUGCAGCCCAGCCACAGCUCCAUAGCCCCUCCGACCGGCUUCACAGUAACAGGUGCCACAGCUACGAGUACCAAUAACGCUUCCUCCCCGUUCCCCUCCCCUAAUUGA